GGGGGUCAGAGCAGACGCGCAGUGCGCUCUCAGGUUUGGAACACUCUCCAGUCCUCUCCGCUGCCAGGAGUCUCUUCACAACAAGCGGGGAAGCGAGCGGGAACCUGGUUAUUUUGGCCCGAGAGUAGGAGGAAAACCUGAGCGCGUCGAAGGAUAUUCGUAAUUAAAUCUGCUGCUUGGUUAAGAGUUCCUGUUUUGUUUUCUCUUUUCGCUGACUGCCCCUGUUGGUCUGCCUGUUUCCCUGCCAUGCGUCCCGUCUUCCUCUGUUGGACUUAAUGCUUUUAAACACUGAGCGUCACGUUUGUGGAGCUUUCAGCUGGGAUGUAGCGGAGGGCAGACCCACCUAAAGUCACUCCACAGGAAUACAGAGACGCUUUGUUUUUAAAGAGCUGCUUUUUAAAGUCUUCUGUUUUCUUGUGGGGUGUUUUUCUUUUCUUUUCUUGUUAAACCAGUUGCCUUAUCAUGACCCUCAUCUGGAGGUCAUAGCCGACCCGUCGUCCUCUCUCCCCUGCACAUCACUGCCCCUCUCCCCAAUGAUGACUAUGAGCUCCAUAUCAGACACUUUAGUAACGUCCGAUCCGUCCAAAUCUGCGUUUUUGGAGUUCGGUGGACACAGCUACCCUGGACACCCUGGACAUCAACAACCUUCGCCAGGCUUAUCCCACAACCAUUAUCCGGUCCACGGACUGCACGCUGUCGGGCCCUCGCAGCACGAUGGGCCUUUCUCCUCCGGUGCUUCCUCUUACGGUCGCCCGCUGGGAUACCCACCCUACCACAGUCCAGUGAGCGCGCAUCACCCCGGUGCCUACCUGCCUUAUCAGCACGGGGGUCACAGCGGCGCGCUCGGUCACACCAGACUAGAGGAUGCGGAGCAUGAGAAGCCCACAGCGGUGAUAGAAAAUGGAGAAGUGAGGCUCAAUGGAAAAGGGAAAAAGAUCAGGAAGCCUCGGACCAUCUACUCCAGCCUGCAGCUACAGGCACUCAACCAGCGCUUCCAGCAAACCCAGUACCUCGCCCUGCCCGAGAGGGCCGACCUGGCCGCCAAACUGGGCCUCACGCAGACACAGGUGAAAAUAUGGUUCCAAAAUAAACGAUCUAAAUACAAGAAGAUCAUGAAGAACGGGCCCUGUGGACCAGAGGGAGAACACCUUGCCCCUCCACCACCAGCCUCCUCCUCUCCGUGUUCUUUGUGGGAUAUCAGCAUGGCUGCCAAAGGUGCGCCGGUGCACUCAGGAGGAUAUGUGAACAAUUUUGGACACUGGUAUCCCGGACACCAGCAGGAACCCAUGCCAAGAACUCAGAUGAUGUGACAGACGGGGAGAUGUGACGCUUCCGGGACAAAUUGCGGAAUUAUUCCGGCAGGCUGACUGAAGCUAUAUGAGACAAGGACAUUGUUUAAAGUCUGAGCCACUCUGGAGGCAAAAAUAUAAGCAGCAGCUCUGCAAUAAAACUAAAGUGGACAGAUACAGGGGAAACUGCUAAAAUAGCUGUAAAAUACACAAUAUUAUAACAGAAAGAAAUACUACAAUCAGAACAAUUUUCAGACGAGUUGAAUUUAUUAUUAGCUGUUAGCGGUGUGUUGAUGAUGUCUGAUAAACCUUGGAAUAAGGGAUCGACAAAGUGGCUCAGGUCUCAUUUGUAAAAUAUAACUAGCAAGAUAUGAAUAUUGAUAAACUUCUCCGAGACUCAGCUAUGAGGAGUGAAUCAUCAGAUCUACCAGGCUGAGCAGUAAGUGUUCGGUACUUACACAAAGCCAUAGCACUGUGUAUACCUGUUUGAAGUGUUUCACUGUCAUGUUUUUGGUGUUUACUUUGCCAGUUGCCUAAUAUCAAACUCCGCAUGUCCGACUCCGAUUCAAAGCGAGACUGCAUUUGUACUGGUGACCACAGGUCCAGGAAGUCUCAGUUACAGUAUAAAUAUGGUAAAUGUCAAAUGUAGCUUUACAGUAGCAGUAGAACUCAGCUUUUCAUUUGUACGAGGAGGAAUUUAGCUUUAAAUAUAUUUUUUUAAAAAUAACCUUACCUAAGUUAAAAAAAAAAGCCUAGUUCUGCCUCCAGAGCAGCUCUGCCUGCUAAAACAUUUUGAUAAAGCUACAAGUUAACGCUAUAACUCAAAGCUAAUGCCAACACUGCUUCUGGACAUUUCAGGAGGCUUCUCUUUCUCUUUGCCUUUUAUUUGCGUUUACACUUGGGCAGGUACAUGUGUAAAAAGAGGGCGUCCUCGUAAAUGUUUUUUAAUGAACACUUUGGUUUUUUAAUGUUAAAGACAGAUCAAAUUAAAAUGCAGAUGAAAACAAACGUUCUUGUGAUGCUGACAUUUGUGUGUUUGUGUUCUGUGUAGGAUCCAGUGCAAAAGGCAAAUAUAAAAAAAAGUACUAAUAGCACUUAUAUAGUAUAUAGUGUCAGUAUAAACAGUCAUUUUACUGUGUUUCUCAAACCCUUUCAUUUCUUUUCUUUUUUUUUUUGGCUCACUGUUUUUUCAUUUUUAUAAUCCACAUAAGUAAAAAAUUGACUAAAUUAAAAUAAUUGGGCUUCAUGCUCCUCUCCAUUCAACUCAUUGUUCACUUCUUUCCUCAGAAAGCUUUAGUGGGAUUGGGGUGUUUGGUGGAAAAUAACAGGCUGAUUUACAUUUUUAUGAACUUUUCAUUUUAUUUCUGCAAUGAAUUACAAAGACCGUCUCCAUAAGUUUCAACUUUAAAUUCCAAACUUUUUUUUUUCAACUCAACGACCUCUUAAAAUCCCAAAUUAACAUUUUGCCAAUAGAAGAUUUAGGUCAGCCUUUGUUAUCUGAAAUAAAUCAAACCUAGUGAUCGCUGAUUUUGUUUAUUUAACUUAAAUUCAAAGGUGGACGUAAUUUGUCUUUGCACCUUUAAUAGAAUAUCGAAUUCUGGCGACAGUAACUUGUUGCUAAAAUAACACAUCCCCUCCUCAGUUUAAGUUCUUUGUGCGUCCCUGUGGCCCAAAGCCAUUUUCUUUAAAGUCGUAAAUCAGAAGAAGCAAGUCACGUCUUUCACCCCUGCAAACAUCUGGAAAUGCAAAAAGAGUCGUCAAACAUUGUCAAUGAUUUUAUAAAAUGACCACGUCAAUUAUAGGUAAUUUAGAACACAGCUUGUUAAAUAAAGCUUUCACUCUGACGCUGUAAUUAUCUGUAAUUGUCAGUCAAGGGAAUAUCCUUCUGCCUCCAGCCCUUGAGGGAGAAGUCUAGGAAGUAGUGGACUGCAUCAAACUGGAUUACUGAUGCCUAAUCCUUUCACAUCAAAUUGAUUAGCUGAAUGUUUUUUGAAGAUUUGCAUGAAAACAUUAGUUUCAUGUUUUCUUCGGACCAGAAAAAGCAAUUCGCUACAGUACCGUCAUAAACUUCCUAAGUUCUUAGUUUGUUUGCAUAUUUCUCACACGUUUCAGAUCAUCAAAUACAUUUUAAUAUUAGACGAAGUAAGAUGAAGAAAUACUGUAGAAGUUUCAUUUAUAACGAGAAAUAAACUACAAACUUAUCUGGCCCUGUGUGGAAAAACUAACUACCCUCUCUGUUGAAUUAUUAAUUAACUGAGAUAAAUAACAUUUUUUUGGAAUGCUGAAUUUAAUUUCACUAGCCUCACUAUUUACUGCCAGAUAUGCUGAAUGAAGAAAUCUCUUAAAUAAAACCUGUCUGACAAAAGCUAAACAAUUUCAUAAAGCAACUCAUCAUUCCACGAUCUAGAAGACAAAACCUAAGAACAACUGAGAAACAACGUCUACCAGUCAUCUAUCAUUCUGGAAGCAGCUGGAAAGCUAUUUCUAAGGCUUUGGACUCCAGUAAACUAUGGUCAUUAUGGACUAUGGACAAAACUUGCAACAGUGCUGAACCUUCGCAGUAGUGGCCGGCCGACCAAAAUAGUCCCAAGAGCGCAUUGGUGAUUCAUCCAGGAGGUCACAAAAGGACCCAGAACAACAUCUAAAGAACUGCAGGUCUCACUUGUCCCAGUUAAGAUCUGUUUUCAUGACUCUGCAAUAAGGAGACUGGGCAAAAAUGGCAGCCAUGGGAAAGAUCCAAGGAAAAAACACUGCUGGCCAAAGUCUUGAUGAUUCCCAAGACUUUGAGGCUGCUUCACUGCUUUAGUGCCUGGAUGACUUUCCGUAACUAAUGGAACUAUGAAUUCUGCUCUGUAGCAGAAAACCCUGAAGAAAAAUGUCCGACCAUCAUUUUGUGCCCUGAAACUCAAGUGCACGCAGGUUAUGCAGCAGGAUGUUGAUCUGAAACACACCAGUAAGUCCAACUCUGAUUGGUUGCCUAGUCAAAGUCAGGACUUAAAUUAGAUUCAGAUGCUUUGAUGUUAUAACCUUAAACUGGCUGUUUGUGAUGAACAGUGUGAUUGAAUUAAAAAAGAGAGGACCAAAAUUCCUCCACAGAGAUGUGACUCCUUGCCAGUUAUCGCAAGCACUUGAUUGCAGUUUUUGCCGCCAAGGGUGUUACAAGCAGUUAUUACGUUUAGGGGGCAAUUACAUUUUUUUCACAUACAGUAAGGCCAGGUAGGGUUUUAUCCUUUCAUAAAUUAAAUUAUCACUUAAGAACUGCAUUUUUGUAUUUACUCAAGUUAUUUUUAUCAAAUACUAAAAAUGUUUUUGCAAACAAUAUGCAAAAAAUCAAGAAGACAGGAAGAGGCAUUAUGAGGUAGUACAUUUCAUUGUUGUAACAUAGUAAUUCAAUUGGCCAAAUUCAGUCCAAUGCAAGUUUAUUUACUGUAUGAAAUGCCUGUUCACAACAACAAUCCUCUCAAGGGUCUUCAUAUAGUAAAGACCCAACAUUAUUAAAUUAGGAGAACUCCAAUGAGCUCACAGUCCUCUGUGAGCACUUGGUGAUGGUGGGAAAGAAGAACUCCCUUUUAACAGGAAGACAUGUCAGGAAGAGGCAGCUACAGUA